AUAUAUAGAAAAAAAAAAAAGAGGACGGCAUAACUGAGGUCACUUAGCUACCAAUAGCAGAUUGGCUGGAAAACUUCAGAUUCUAAACAUGCACUCUGUAAGAUGAGAAACCACUACCCAUUAACAUACCACCUUAAACGUUACCAAAAUUUUCACAGCAAACAAGCCUUCAAUCUAUUCAAAUUAAUAUCACCUCUCAUUCAGGUGCCAAACCCAUGUUUUUCAUUCCCUAAACCCACCAGAACGCUCCAACUAGCCAAUCUCUUACGAUCACUUCCUCAAAACAACCCCAUAUCACAUUACGAGCAAAUCUGUGCCCAAAUUAUUGUCUCAGGUCUUGAAUCUGAUGCUUUUUUAACUAAUUUACUUAUUGCUUUGCAUGCUAAGUCUGACUUUUUAUGUCAUGCACGCAAACUAUUUGACAAAAUGCCAGAGAAAAAUUUAAUUUCUUGGUCUUCAAUGCUUUCUGUGUAUUCCAAACGUGGUUUUAAUGAGGAAGCUUGGCUGUUGUUUUUGGACUUCACAAGGUGUUGCAAUAAGAGUCCAAAUGUGUAUAUUUUAGCUAGUGUUUUACGUGCUUCUAUGCAACUUGAUGGUGGGUGUGGUCCUGUAGGUAAACUAAUGCAUUGUUUUAUUUUUAAGCUUGGUUUUGAUCAAGAUGUAUUUUUGGGUACGUCUUUGGUUGAUUUCUAUGCGAAGAAUGGUGACAUUGUUGAAGCCAGAAUGGUAUUUGAUGCGUUGUUGGAGAAAAGUACAAUUACUUGGACGAAAAUUAUCACGGGUUAUGUUAGAAGUGGGAGGAGUGAGGUGGCAUUGCAAUUGUUUAACCAAAUGGGAGAAAAUGAUAUUGUUCUAGAUAGAUACGUACUCUCUAGUGUUUUAAGUGCUUGUUCGACACUUAAAUUUGUUGAAGGGGGCAAGCAAAUUCAUGCUUAUGUGUUGAGGAGGGGAAUAGAAAUGGAUGUUUCAGUAGUUAACGUGCUUAUUGAUUUUUAUGCCAAGAGCAGUAAAGUUCAAACUGCCAGGAAGCUAUUUGAUCAAAUGGUAGAUAGAGAUGUAAUUUCAUGGACUACAAUGAUUGCUGGGUACAUGCAGAAUUCUUUUGAUGGGGAAGCUGUGAUGCUAUUUGUUGAAAUGACCAGAUUGGGUGGAAAGCCAGAUGGAUUUGCAUGCACUAGUAUACUCACAUCAUGUGGUUCGCUUGAGGCUCUAAUGCUGGGGAGACAAAUUCAUGCCUACAGUAUCAAGGCUAAUCUUGAGUUUGAUAUUUUUUUGAAAAAUGGUUUGAUUGAUAUGUACGCAAAAUGUGAUUCCUUGAAUGAUGCAAGAAGAGUUUUUGAUGUUAUGACUAAUCAUAACGUGGUCUCCUACAAUGCACUAAUUGAAGGAUACUCAAGAAGUGAGCAACUUUCCGACAUUAUGAUUCUUUUCCAUGAAAUGAGGCAUAGGAUGAUCCCACCAAGCCUUUUGACAUUUGUUAGUCUUCUUGGUGUAUCAGCUGCAUUAUCAUCCUUGGAAUUAAGCAAGCAAAUUCAUGCACUCACCUUUAAAUUUGGUGUCUGUUUGGCAAUAUUUGCUGGCAGUGCCUUAAUUGAUGCUUAUUCAAAGUGCUUACGUCUUGUGGAUGCUAGACUUGUAUUUGAUGAGAUGAAUGAGAAAGAUAUUGUAGUGUGGAAUGCAAUGUUUUCUGGUUAUACCCAACAAUCGGAAAAUGAAGAGGCUCUCAAACUCUACUCUGAACUACAGGUAUCAGAACUAAAACCCAAUGAUUUCACUUUUGCUACCUUUAUUACUGCAGCUAGUAACCUAGCAAGUCUCCUACUUGGCCAACAAUUCCACAACCAUAUCAUAAAGAUGGGUCUAGAUUUCGAUCCAUUUAUCACAAAUUCCCUUAUACACAUGUAUGCUAAAUGUGGAAGCUUUGAAGAUGCCUGCAAGGCAUUUGGUUCUGCAAUUUGGAGAGAUGUUGCCUGCUGGAAUUCCUUAAUCUUAACAUAUGCACAUCACGGAGAAGCCAAAGAAGCUCUUCAGAUGUUUGAAGGAAUGAUGGAAGAGGGAAUAAAGCCCAACUAUGUGACAUUUGUGUCUCUGCUUUCAGCUUGUAGUCAUGCAGGUCUCGUUGAAGAUGGACUUCGUUACUUUAAAUCAAUGCCCAAGUUCUGUGGUCAUCCAGGAAUAGAACACUAUUCUUGUGUAGUUUCUCUUUUGUGUCGUGCUGGUAUGCUAUAUGAAGCAAAGGAGUUUAUUGAGAAAAUGCCGAUAAAGCCAACAGCAGCAAUGUGGAGAAGCUUGCUGAGUGCAAGUAGAAUUGCUGGUAACAUUGAAUUGUCAAAAUAUGCAGCAGAGAAGGCGAUUUCAGUUGAUCCAAAUGAUAGUGGUUCAUAUACUUUACUUUCAAACAUGUUUGCAUCAAAAGGAAAGUGGGUGGAUGUGAAGCAGGUGAGGAAGAGAAUGGAUCUAGUUGGUUUAGUGAAAGAAUCCGGACAUAGUUGGAUACAAGUGAAUAAUGAAAUUUCAUUGUUAGAUUUGUGACUUAAAAUUCUAGUGGGAUUUAGAGAGACUUUUUCCUAAUUUGAGCGGUAGAAAUAUUCCUCAAUAUUAUAUUGGAAUAUUUCUUUUAUAGAGUAAAAGUUCUAUUUUAGUGUUAUUUUUAAA